CAUUGUUUUGAAAAAAGCGACACAUUCAAAUUGCAAUUCAACACAUACUCAUUCUUACUCAUACAAUAGUGAUACUUACAUCUUGUUAAAACUCGCGAAUCGCACGCGUUCUGAUGUUCUGCUCACAUAUAUUGUCAUAUGGAAUAUCAUAAUGAAAAUUUUUGGCACCAAGUAUUUAUAUUGCGUUAACAUGUGAAAUAAUUGCAAAACAAAAUAAUUAAUUAUAAAAUUAGCAUUAACCUUAGAGGACUCCUGAGUCGAGUAAAACCUUCGCCGUUGAAACAAAAUUUGCUUGUUCGGUGGUCUGAAUGUGCUUUUCGUAGUUGUUGAAAGUAAAAUGAAAUCGAAAUGUAAAUAAUUGGAGUAAAAUUAUUCGUAGACGAGAUUAUCGAAGUGAAAAUUCUUCGGAAAUGGAGAAAACGUACGUCGCAGAUCAGCCCAACGGUUCGUUGAAGCUUUUGGAAAACCAGAAUGAUCCAGUACACAGAAAAAUCUCAAGUACGACAGUGGCACCUCCACUAUUGCCAUCGAAACGAAUACUUGUAGUGGCGGUGUUAUUUUUAUGUCUAGUCGUUUCUCAAGUCGUACGAAAUCACAUUAACAUCACCGUCGUAGAGAUGACGUCGAAUAAAUCACUCAUCGAUAGCAAUAUUACAAUUCCGCCGGAGUUUGAUUGGGAUUCGACGAGGGUCGCUUUGGUCAUUAGUAUAUUCGCGUACGGAGGCCUAUUCUCAUUUCUAGGCGGAUUCAUAGUGAAUUUUUUGGGAGGCUCGGUCAGCUGCGCUGUUUUCAUGGUGAUUUCUGGUAUCACCACCUUACUCCAUCCGUACGCGUUGAACGUGCAUUUUUACUACUUUUUGGCGUGUCGAUUCAUCACUGGAUUAUCUCAGACAUUCCUCUACGUGAGUGUUAUCGAGAUGUAUUCACGAUGGUUUCCUUUGCAAGAAAGAUCAAAACUAGUAUCAUUCAGUUUCAACGGAUCAAACGUAGGAGUUGCGAUUGUUUACCCUUUUAGCGGAUAUCUAGCUCACAGAUGGGGAUGGGAAACAGUAUUUUACGUUACAGGUACACUACCACUGAUCAUGGCGGUGAUUUGCUUGCUCGCUGUAAAGAAUCAUCCAUCACAGGACAAAUUCAUGUCGAAAGAAGAACGUGAAUACAUAAUCCAAGGAACCGACAAUAAUAAACUAGCUAAAACUAACCAUCCUUACAAAAAAAUUGUGACUUCGGGGCCUGUUUGGGCGUUGUGUUGUCUCAUCUUCGUUUACAUGUGGAUAGUUACUAAUUUGGGGGUUUGUUUGCCACUAUACGUUAAAGAUGUGACUCAAAAGAAUACCGACGAAAUUGGUUGGAUAUCAGCCAUCCCGAGUGUCGUUUAUACCCUAAUGUUUCCAGUCGUUGGACCUCUGAUGGAUCAUUUUAGCAAUCGUGGUAUCAUGUCUUUAACUCGGAUACACAAAAUCAUGGUUACUAUUGCCUUCACUUCUGCGACCAUUUUCUUCAUAGCUAGCACGUUUUUGUCAAAUUUGUCCGUAACGUUGAGCUAUUUCGUCGUAAUUGAUAUUCUAAUGUCCACAGUACCUUUAAUUACGGAGAUCGUCGUAGUGAGCAUAGCUCCCGAUCAUACCAGCAUUGUUGCCGGUUUGGUGGUAUUUUUCUUCUCACUAGGCGCCAUUUUCGCAGCAACAAUCACCGGACUUAUGAUCACACAUCAUACAGUUCAAGAAUGGAAUAAUUGUUUUUAUUUAGCAGCGUUUGUUGCGAUCAUUGGUACAGUGAUAUUCGUAAAAUUCGGCUCCAGCAGAGCUCAAAAAUGGGCUUUAUCGUCGAAUGUGAAUAAACAUAGACGACCAUCGCUUUCAUAUUUUUGAUUAUGAUUUCAAAUCGAAUAACUCUUCGUUAUUAUAUAGUCAUCGAUUUUAAAUGUGUUGUAACUGCUCUUGUUUGUCAUUGUCGUUGUCGCAAUCUUUAAUAUAACUAUAACAUACUUUCUGUCCAUAAGAUAAGAGUGGCAGAAAUUGAGCUACUGCUUAAAAAAGUCUAAAUUCUUUUCGAUGAAACGUGACUUUUUUCCAGUAGGCAAGAAGACUAAAAAUAAUAUUUUUAUUGGACACAAUUUUCAUAUUUCUCGACACCUACUUGGAAAAAAAAACGAAAAUCGUGCUUCAAAUUGCUAAUAAAAGCUAAAAUUUUAAUAA